GGGCCAAAGGGCUUGUUUCCACACUGCAGGGAAUCUAAUCUAAUCACUCCACUCUGGGUUCUUUCCUCACUCCACUCCGUGUUAUUUCCCUGCUCCACUCUGGGUUAUUUCCCUACUCCGCUCCAGGCUAUUUCCCCAAUCCGCUCCAGGCUAUUUUUCCUAGGAUGGUGACAGCGAGCACGAGGGGGCAUAGCUUUAAAUUGAGGGGUGAAAGAUAUAGGACAGAUGUCAGAGGUAGUUUCUUUACUCAGAGAUUAGUAAGGGAAUGGAACGCUUUGCCUGCAAUGGUAGUAGAUUCGCCAACUUUAGGUACAUUUAAGUCGUCUUUGGAUAAGCAUAUGGACGUACAUGGAAUAGUGUAGGUUAGAUGGGCUUGAGAUCGGCACGACAGGUCGGCACAUCGAGGGCGGAAGGGCCUGUACUGUGCUGUAAUGUUUUAUGUUCUAUAUUAUUUCCCCGCUCCACUCUGGGUUAUUUCCCCACUCCGGUCUGGGUUAUUUCCCCGCUCCACUCCAGGUUAUUUCCCCACUCCACUCUGGGUUAUUUCUCCAGUCCGGUCCGGGUUAUUUCCGCGCUCCACUCCGGGUUAUUUCACCGCUCCACUCCGGGUUAUUUCUUCGCUCCGGUCCGGGUUCCAUUCGCGCUCCGCUCCGGGUUAUAAUUCGCGCCCCACGCCGGGUUUUGUGGGUGUCCCGGCUGGUGAUGAUGGCGGCGGGAGGUAACGGCCUUUCCCCGAAUCGCUCCAAAGAUCUUCUGAGGGCGGAGAGCGGCCUUGGUUUCAGGCAGAGCCUCGUGGUGGAUCCAGCUCAUUCCCGGAGUUUAACCCGGCCCCAGAUCGUCAGGGUCGGAAGAAGCAGCGUAUUGGACAGACUGCAGAACUUCUUGCCACAGAUGGCCAGAGCAAAUCAGGAACUCUUAAAGCAGAUGGAGAUAUCCAAACCGGGUCACUUUGACAUUGAGAAUAUAGAGGAUUGUCCCGAUAAGGUGAUUGAAAUGGCUGACGACCAUUAAAGAAGAAGGACUCCAUGAUAAUUUACCACUCGUCGAACAAAUUCAUCAUGAACAGAUUCUUCAACAAACAAACGACCAGCAGCAAUGCAGUUUUCCCCCUUAUUGAAAUAUACUGCUCCCAUACCCUGCGGGAGAAAGAUCAACAAAUACGUAUAAGAAAAGGAAUUGCUGCAUUCAUUGAGCAAGAAUUGUGGUCAGUUUUCAUAUAUUGAAAGACUGACUGCUGAGUUGGAAACACAAAGAUGUCUCAGGUAACACUCACCAUUCUUACAGCCUUGUCAAGGUCACAGUCAUUGAAGAUGAUGAGCGGAGAUUUCCCACCCAGUUCCAAAGAGACCUUUUUCAGAUUACUCACAGCACAACUGUCAAACAGAUGUUAAAACAUCAGUCAUAUUAUCAGUCAUUCAUAUCUCAAUUAACAAUUGUCAUUAUAACCUUGCUAUUUCCAGGAGUCGAUCCCAUAUGAAAGCAGUUUCAAUUCCAGUUUGACUAUUGAGAGGUCAAGCUGUAUCAAAGAUCUGUGCAUAUAUGCUGUCAUGUAAUAAAUAUAAAUGCUAUCAUUUUUGCAAAAUAUGACAGAAUAUUGACUGGAUGAUAGAACACUAAUUUCUAUAAGUUAAAGAUGAAAGAGCAUGACUCUGUCUCAGAUAUUUCUCUCUGUGUAGGGGUAUUGUAGGUUUAAAAAAAAAGAAAUCCUUAAAUCGGUUUUAACCCUAUACACUCCCCCAACAAGCCUUUCUUGCUGAUGCAUCAUCAACUGCAUCCUCCAGUAUUUGAACCUGCCUCCUCUCUUACGAUAUAUAUGAGAUUUACUUUUUUUUUCUAUGGAGGGGAGGGGGCCUGCCUAUUUAUUCUCUCUUCUUUCCAACCCCACAUUCAGUCUUCUGCCAACCACCCCACCCACCUCCCAGCCCCAUCUGAUUCCUGCUUCAAUGCUGUGACUGUUCUUUGACUGACUCUUUAAUUAUCACAUGUACCCAUGUAUAGUAGAAAGCUUUGUUCACGAGCAGUACAGGCAGAUCAUAAUAAGCAAGGACGUAGAGAUCAAAAAGACUUAGAGGCAUACAGUUUACAUCGCACAGGGUGUGCAACAGAUCACCAUUAGCAAGAUCAGCAUUAUUUGAGAAUAGAGAAUCCUUUCAUCAAUCUAAUAAUGGCUGGGAAGAAGCUGUUCCUGAACCUGCUUGUGCAUCAGUUCAGGCUUCUGUAUCACCCACCUGAUGGAAAAGUUUGCAGAAGAUCACUACCAGGGUGUUAUGGGUCUUUGAUGAUGUUGGCAGCCUUUCUGCUGCUGGGAACUAUGUAAAUGGGAGUCCAUGGAUGGGAGGUUGGGUUCUAUGAUAGUAUGCACAACCCAGACUGUCUUCUGUAGUUUCCUGCAGUCCUGGGCAAAGCAGGUGCCAUACCAGGGCAUUAUGCACCCAGACAAUAAGCUUUCAAUGGUGCAUCUGUAGAAGUUAGUGACAGUCCUUAUGGACUUGCCAAAUUUCUGAGCUACCUGAGAGAAAAAAAAAGAGGCUUUGUUGUGCCUUCUUAACAGUACAUGCGCAGUGUGGACUUUAUGAAUGUUGCAACAACUGCAGGGCCUGGAACCUUAUGCAUGCACAUUUUCGAAUGAGCGCAGAUGUCCUGCAGUUUCAGUGUCAGCGAAAGCUGUCUUUCUAAACUUUCUACCUAUAUCCCUUAGAUUUCUCAGCACCAUGUGGUUUUUUUACCAACCUAUCUCAAGACGUCUUCUUGAGCUACACCUUGUGUCUGUGACCCAGAGUUAACUUUAUCUUUUGUCAGAGGGAAGAUCUGUCUGUCGCCAUGAUCAGAAAGGCACAAGAAAGAGUGAAGGAUGACAAAGGCCGUUCUUUACCUUAUGCAAUGUUCUGAGCUGCUCAAUUUAUAGGGUCCUUUUUUUCAACCCAGUUCUGUCUUUGCAAAAUGUUUUGUUUAUUUCUCAUAUUCUGAACUGAAGUCCUCUCUAUUUUCUUUUCUAUGUCUUUAAUUUUCUGUCCACAACUGCUAUUUCAUCGACGAUUGUUGCUCUCAAAAAAAAGGCAGGGCCAGAGUAACUGUAGGUCACACCCAACAACCAAAAAUGUAUCUAGUUAUUGGUGAAUUGUCAGAUGUUCUGUUGCACAUCCUGAAAAACUGGUUUUUCAACUCACCUUUUCAUGAUCUGUUUACCAAUUGGAGUUGAUCCUGUGAACCCCAAUUUACGAACGUCUGGGUGUUCUGACAGCCGUUGCCCAACCAGGCCACCUGGGAUUAAAUGUGAAAGAUUCUUAAUGUAGUUGGAUGGCUAUUAAAAAUCUUGAUUAAUAUCAA